GCCCUGCCUGCUUCUGCAAAAAACAGAACUCAAUAGAACUCUGUUGUUCUGUGUUUCGCUCUGGAGGAAAAGAAGCAAACAAUGAGGAGAAAAUAAUGAAUGUCAAAGGAAAAGUAAUUCUGUCGAUGCUGGUUGUCUCGACUGUGAUUGUUGUGUUCUGGGAAUAUAUCAACAGCCCAGAAGGCUCCUUCUUGUGGAUAUAUCACUCAAAAAACCCAGAAGUUGAUGCCAGCAGCGUUCAGGACUGGUGGUUUCCAAGCUGGUUUAACAAUGGUUAUCAAGAAGGGGAAGAGGACAUAAAACACGGUAGAGAAAAGGAGCUUCAGCUGCAAGACUGGUUUGAUCCAAAGAAACGCCCAGAGGUUGUGACGGUGACCCACUGGAAUGCACCCGUUGUGUGGGAAGGGACUUACAAUAGAGAUAUCCUAGAAAAGUACUAUGCCAAACAAGAAAUCACUGUGGGGUUGACAGUCUUUGCUGUUGGAAGAUACAUUGAGCACUACUUGGAAGAGUUCAUAAUAUCUGCUAAUAGGUACUUCAUGGUGGGCCACAAAGUCAUCUUUUAUAUCAUGGUGGAUGAUGUGUCCCAGAUGCCUUUGAUAAAGCUGGAUCCUCUGCGUUCCCUCAAAGUGUUUGAGAUUAAGCCUGAGAAGAGGUGGCAGGAUAUCAGCAUGAUGCGCAUGAAGACCAUUGGGGAACAUAUUUCAACCCACAUCCAACAUGAGGUUGACUUCCUCUUCUGUAUGGAUGUCGACCAGACCUUCCAAGACAGUUUUGGUGUGGAGACUUUGGGCCAGUUGGUGGCUCAGCUCCAGGCCUGGUGGUACAAGGAGGAUCCUGAUAAGUUUACCUAUGAGAGGCGGGAGGAGUCUGCAGCAUACAUUCCAUUUGGACAAGGGGAUUUUUAUUACCAUGCAGCUAUUUUUGGAGGAACACCCAUUCAGGUUCUCAACCUCACCCAGGAGUGCUUUAAAGGAAUCCUCCAGGACAAGAAAAAUGACAUAGAAGCUGAGUGGCAUGAUGAGAGCCACCUAAACAAAUAUUUCCUUCUCAAUAAACCCACUAAAAUCUUAUCUCCAGAAUACUGCUGGGAUUAUCAUAUAGGUCUGCCAACAGAUAUUAAAACUGUCAAGAUAGCUUGGCAAACAAAAGAGUAUAGUGUGGUCAGGAAUAAUGUCUGAUUUUACAUUGUGCUGAUGGGUUUCUGAAUUUGAGAGAGGAUCAUUCUGGCUAAUUCCUCAGAAAUUUUACUUUUAUAAUCACUAACAGAAACAUCCACGUGGCAAAAUCAUGCUAUUCUGCCUUAUAACUCUGAGCCUCAGUGAAUCAGAUGUAAAUUUCCCAGUGAUUUCUUAUCUAUAAUAGAUUGGGGGAAAUACUAUCAGCUGAACCAAAAAGAAUUUGCCACAGGCAAAGAAAAAGCCAGAACACUUUACUCAUGUCAGGUAAACAUAUCAGAGAACAAAGUAGCAAGGAAAGUGUUUGACAGUGAGCUAUGGCUGGCGUGGGGGGUGGGGGGUGGUAAGGAGAAGAGCAUUAAUUUCAGUGUCUUCCUGUUUUUGAGGGGUCUAAAGCAACAUAAAGUUGCUCUGUGGCAAGAGAGCUUUUAGUAAGGAUGCUAUCUACAUUGGCAAUCCUCAAAGGCUUCAAAACUGAUUGCUUCAAGUCAUGAGUUGUCCAUGUCCUUUGCUCAUCAGAAUAUUGUGUGGCUUCUGUGCAAAAGAUGGGUAGAUUCCCAAUGGAGAAAUCCUGGCUGUGCAUCUUGAGAGUCCCAGGGAAUCUGAAUGGACCAGUGGACGCCCAGCUUGACAUGAAAACAAAGCCUCAACUUUGUGUUUUCCAGGAAAUAGCAAACAGAAAGAGUGGGGAAAGAGGGGUUGAACACCCUGGAGCCUUGUCACUUAAGUGGCACAGGGCAUGUGGGUGACCUCCAGCCUCUUCAACCCCAUGACUGACAGAGCAGGGAUCUGAAUGGAAGGUACUUCUUGUUUUGCCUAAGUCAUAUUCAAUCCACCAGACUAGUGUUCAGUCACUUGGUGAGGAGAAGUGGAUGGUGUCAGAAUACAGAGGCCUUCAAGAAGCUGGGCUUCAUCAGAAGACAAUGUGUUAUCCGCUGAUUCUGCUACCUGCUCGAAACCUCAGGGUUCUUUAGCCCAUCAUGCCUCAACAUGGAGAGCUGGUAUGAGGAUAAAGUCCUGCCAUCAAAAGAUGUCCGUUUCUCCUACUCUCAUCUGCACUACAGAAGUAUAAGCAACCAGAUCUAUUGGACAAAAUGGUUAAUUGAUUUUGUGACAAAAGCAUGAAGAAUAGCAAUGGGAGGGCCCAGUUGUCAUGACUGAGCAGUUGAGCAUUCAAUCACCUUCUCUAAGAGAAGCAGUGACAUUCUAUGUAUUAAGAUCAGCAAAUCAACAUACAGAAAGUUGGCAGGCAACAUAUACACCUGCAUAUAUAUUUAUAUUUUCCUUAUAUCCCAGUUUAGGUCAUUUGUUUUCAUCUUCACGCAGUGUAUUUGAAGAGCCUUUGCACUGGCUUGAUGACUAGAGCAAAAGGCUUGAGAAAAAUGAAGCUUACAUUUUUUUUCUACCAUUUCACUUUGCCUCCUAACUCUUAAAUCUUGCCAAAUGAAGGAAUGAGUGAAUGAAUGAAAUCACAUUUCCAAUACCUCCCCCCCCCAAAAAAAACCCCUCCUGAAUUAGUGGGCUUUGAAAAAGAAAAUAGAGAUCACAUACCAGUUAAAGAUCUUGUUUCUUCAUUAUACAGGUUGUGGUGGACCCUGUCUAGAGUAGGUUGUGAUUAAUGAUUGAAGUCUUGAACCAAAGAAAUUAUCUACCGUGGAAGUUUAGAAAAAAAGGCUAAAGGAAUUGUGAGGGAAUUUCUUGAUUUUUAAAAUUCUUUAAAUCAUCAAUGGAAAAAAUUCAGAGCCUUGUUAAUGAUAAUACUUAAACAUUUUUUUUUAAAUUUCUCCUUUUCAAUAAAUUAUUUUCUCAAUA